GUCACCCAGGCUUUGGAGUACCACAGUGUGAUCUCGGCUCACCGCAGCCUCCGCCUCCUGGGUUCAAGCGAUUCUCCUGCCUUAGCCUCCUCGGUAGCUGGGACUACAGGCAUGAGCCACCAGGAGCACUUGAUUAGACUCCAGAAACAGAAACUGCAGCUGCUCCCACCACCCCCACCACCGCAGGCCCUGCCCGGGGAGCAGCCAACCACACAAGUGCAAGUGCAGCCGUCACCCCCCUACCACAGCAGAGCCCCCAGCUCACCACGGUCACGGCCCCGAGACCCAGAGCCCUGUUGAUGGGCACCACCAUGGCCAACCUCCAGACUCGAGUUUCCACCUCCCACCUGCAAGGCCCAAGACUGAUGUCAGCGCUGACAUACCAGAUGGCCCAGGUUGCUGUGGCCACGCCUCCUGUGGUGUCUGUCCUGGCAGUUGUGGUGCUGUCAGCCAGGGUCACAGUGCUUCCAUCAACGCAACGGGAUCAGUGUUGUGAUAAGGCAGCUGCCAAAAGCGGCAGAGGUAAGGAGACGGGAACGUGUGGACAGCUCACGCUGCACAUUGAAGGUCCCUCCUCCCUAUUCCGUGCUCCGUGAAGGUCGCAAAGAGCCCAUGAGGCCCAGCCACGGACGCCUGCCUGAGCCCUCAGCAGCUGGUGGCCCAGCAGUGGUGACGUCACGGGAGCGCCGGCGGCUGGGAAUCCGCGUUGUCCCGUGUUGGCGGCGGCAUGGAGCGGGAGCCGGGCGCCGCGGGAGUUCGCCGGGCUCUGGGCCGCCGGCUGGAGGCGGUGCUGGCGAGCCGCAGGGAGGCCAACGCCGUGUUCGACAUCCUGGCCGUGCUGCAGUCUGAGGACCAGGAGGAGAUCCAGGAAGCAGUCCGCACGUGCAGCCGUCUUUUUGGGGCCUUGCUGGAGCGGGGAGAGCUGUUUGUGGGCCAGCUGCCCUCUGAGGAGAUGGUCAUGACAGGGUCCCAGGGAGCCACACGGAAGUACAAAGUGUGGAUGAGACACCGCUAUCACAGCUGCUGCAAUCGCUUGGGAGAGCUCCUGGGCCACCCCUCCUUUCAGGUCAAGGAGCUGGCCCUCAGCGCACUCAUGAAGUUCGUGCAGCUGGAAGGAGCGCACCCCCUGGAGAAGUCCAAGUGGGAAAGCAACUACCUGUUCCCCCGAGAGCUCUUCAAGUUGGUGGUGGGAGGCCUGCUGUCUCCUGAGGAGGACCAGAGCCUACUCCUGUCCCAGUUCCGGGAGUACCUGGACUACGAUGACACCCGCUACCACACCAUGCAGGCAGCCGUGGAUGCCAUGGCCCGGGUCACUGGCCAGCACCCCGAGGUGCCUCCCGCCUUUUGGAACAACGCCUUCACGCUGCUGUCUGCCGUGAGCCUGCCCCGCCAGGAGCCCACCGUCUCCAGCUUCUAUGUGAAGCGGGCGGAGCUGUGGGACACCUGGAAGGUUGCUCACCUGAAGGAGCACAGGAGGGCUUUCCAGGCCAUGUGGCUCAGCUUCCUCAAGCACAAGCUGCCCCUCAGCCUCUACAAGAAGGUGCUGCUGAUUGUGCAUGACGCCAUCCUGCCGCAGUUGGCGCAGCCCACGCUCAUGAUCGACUUCCUCACCCGCGCCUGCGACCUCGGGGGGGCCCUCAGCCUCUUGGCCUUGAACGGGCUGUUCAUCUUGAUUCACAAACACAACCUGGAGUACCCCGACUUCUACCGGAAGCUCUACGGCCUCUUGGACCCCUCUGUCUUUCACGUCAAGUACCGCGCCCGCUUCUUCCACCUGGCUGACCUCUUCCUGUCCUCCUCCCACCUCCCCGCCUACCUGGUGGCCGCCUUCGCCAAGCGCCUGGCCCGCCUGGCCCUGACGGCUCCCCCCGAGGCCCUGCUCAUGGUCCUGCCUUUCAUCUGUAACCUGCUGCGCCGGCACCCUGCCUGCCGGGUCCUCGUGCACCGUCCACACGGCCCUGAGUUGGACGCCGACCCCUACGACCCUGGAGAGGAGGACCCAGCCCAGAGCCGGGCCUUGGAAAGCUCCCUGUGGGAGCUUCAGGCCCUCCAGCGCCACUACCACCCUGAGGUGUCCAAAGCCGCCAGCGUCAUCAACCAGGCCCUGUCCAUGCCUGAGGUCAGCAUUGCGCCACUGCUGGAGCUCACGGCCUACGAGAUCUUUGAGCGGGACCUGAAGAAGAAGGGGCCCGAGCCGGUGCCGCUGGAGUUUAUUCCAACCCAGGGCCUGCUGGGACGGCCGGGUGAACUCUGUGCCCAGUACUUCACGCUCAGCUGACCCUGGCCCACCUGUGAAUAAAUCUCAGCUGACCCAGGCCCACCUGUGAAUAAAUGUUUUUGCAGGAGAAA